AUGGCUGCAGGCCGCGCAAGCAUCGAGGGCCGCCAGGAACUCAGUGCGCCCUCGCCAGAUCAGGCGCAGUGGAUCGAAGAGCAGGUGGACCAGCUCAUGCGCAAGAUCUACACCUCGGAGAUCAGUGUGGAACACGGAGUGGCGACGAUGGUGCAAUAUGCGGCAGCAGCAGAUGGCACACGGAAGGAGAUUCAUAUGAAGAUCGUGGACGCCUUCAUUGCUGAUCUCAGGGUGGCCAUCGACGACUACCCACCGAAGAUGCAUGUCAUUGCCGUUUCCCUCACGGCUGCCAUGUUGAAGCACGGCCUCUUUGAGGAGCGCGAGUACGAAGUCUGGUCGACGGCAGUGAUCGAGGGUAUGUCGCAAAAUCCUCCGGACCCGCAAAAGCUGAACUUUGCGCUGAACACGCUCAACCAGCUGAUGGACCGGCUGAUGCGCUGGCCAAUGGCAUGCUUCAAGCUAGCUCAGCUGGUCCACCUGGAGCAAGCAGCCGCGCCCCUGGCCGCCUACAUCAACUAUGCGCGCCUGAUUCUGGACCAUCUGCCAGAGGAGGUAUUGCACGAGAAGUGCCUCAGUGAGGACUACGUGAAUCGCUUGACUAUGGAGAAGCGAUUGAGAUUUCCGCCGCCACCACAACUGCACACUGUCACAGUUCUGGAUGGCGAAGACUAUGGCCCAGGAACACUGAGCCGGUGGAUCCACCACCCAGGCAUCAAGCGCGACACCCUGCAGCGAGCAGAGCGCGAGCCCCCUGCCGGUCCACCACCGCCUCCAGUCCCAGCUGGCUUGCCGCCACCCCCAAGCAUGGGUCCACCGCAGAACCCGCCGCCACCUCCCCCGCAACAGCAGCGCAUGGCGCCCAAGGCCAAGGCAGAGGCUCCGCCACCUGCCCAGAAUCAGCCGCCGGUGCAGCGCAACUAUGCGAACAUGACGGCAGAUCAGUUGCUGCAAGAGCCCGAAACGCCUAUGGAGAUCCCGCCACAAAGUGUCAAGGACACGGUCCACUCGAUCUUCAAUGGCCUGAGCCAGGACAACAUCAAGGAGAAGGUGGCGAUGUUUCAGCAGAAGGUCCAGCAUGCUCACUACCGAUGGCUGUGCUACUACACGGUCAGCCGGCGCGUGACGCGCGAGGCCAACUUCCACGAGAUCUACAUCGAGUUCUUCAGCGAGUGUACUGAGAAGAAGUACCUUUUCCAGCAGCUCGUCAUCAUGUCCUUCGAGUGCCUGCGGCUGAUGAUGAGGGCGGUCGAUGAGGCGGUGAAUUCCAUCUCUCACCGAACGACGCUGAAGAACUUGGGCGCCUUCCUAGGUCGCAUCACGAUUGGCCGAGACCAGCCGCUCAAGAGCCGGAGCAUGGACAUCAAGGACCUCCUCUUGGACGCCUACGAGAACUCACGGCUGACUGCUGUGCUCCCGCUGGCGUGCAAGAUCCUGGAGUCCAUCAGCAGAUCGCGAGCGUUCAAGCUUCCGUCGCCGUGGUCCAUGGGUCUGCUGUCGUUGCUGGCAGAGAUCCACUCAAUCCCAGCGCUGAAGACGAACCUCACCUUCGAAGUGGAGGUGCUGUUCCGGCAUCUGGAGAUACAGGUCAAAGACAUCGCGAAGAGCGACCUGCUGCGUACCAAGCGGGCACCCGCGCCAGGAAGCUGCGACCUCAACUCGCAGCGGUUGCACGAGCGACAGGUGCCGCAACUUUCCCGGGGCAGUCUGGAAUGUUGGGCUUUCGAUCCCCGGAAUCUGUACAACCAUCCACUAGCUUGGUUUUGA